UAUGCUACGUCAACGUCUCUAUGUCCUUGGGCUAUGAUGGGCUCGAGAUAAGGGUGGUUGCGUUUUGAAAGGCUGCGUGCUUACCGGGGCGCCGAAAGCCCGAUUUUGGGGCCUCCAUUCCAUUCCGCGACUCCGGUACAUGUGGUGUUGUUUAAAGUGGACGGGAUCGUCGUAGACCAAACAAAGAGGAAUGACAUGAAACUACUCGCAGCUACUAAUACUAGCACCUACUCUACGAACAUCAAGCCAGUGAGUGCUAUUCCAUGGAUGAGGCCGCCGUCCGCGACCCAGCGAAAGAAAAGCCCGCUGUUCAUAAGGCCUCCGCCCGUGCCGUCUGCGAGAAUGCGUUUCCCGUCUUAUCCGGUGCCCGGAGACUUCUAGCUAGAGAGAGCAUUACAUCUAGCGCGCAUCUGCCGAAACAGUAGGGAGCCAUGGGAGCUUUCGUAUCCCCACAGAACGCCGCAGCCACGGACGGCGGAGGUGGAGAGAGGGACUGA